AUGUCUUCCUCCAACAGAUCCAAAAUCACAGUGAAGGUUAUUUCUGCUGAGGGAUUGUAUAAAAGAGAAAUUUUCAAGUCUCCUGAUCCAUUUGCAGUCCUAACUGUUGAUGGUUCCCAAACACAAACAACUGAAACGUCAAAGAGAACAUCUUCUCCUCAUUGGAACCAAUCCUUUGAGUUCAAUGUCACGGAAAAUUCCAUAUUGAUUGUACAAGUUUUCGAUCAAAGGAAAUUCAAAAAGAAGGACCAGGGAUUUCUAGGUGUUAUUAAUAUUCGUAUUGGUGACUAUAUCAACUUGAGCGAUCCUUCAAGUGAACAAACAAUUGCUGAAGAGUUGAAAAAAUCUAAUUCAAACUUACCAGUGUCUGGUAAAAUAACCAUCUCCUUAUCUCAUAAAAAUAGAUCUAGAGAUUCAAGAGAUCCAACGAAUUUUGCAAAUCGGAACAACGUCAAUAAUAGUAGUACACGUCAUUCGCAUACUAAUUCAGCGUCAUCCACUCCUCAUGUACAGUCUCCCACACAAGGUGGAAGCUCUCAGUUCCCAGGAGUAGCCGCUGGUCAUGCCUCGUCACCAGCAACUUCUACUUCAAGACAAUUCUCUUCAUUCGAAGACCAACUGGGAAGGUUACCUCCAGGUUGGGAACGUAGAACAGAUAACUUUGGUAGAACUUACUAUGUUGAUCACAAUACAAGAACUACAACCUGGAAGAGACCUACUUUGGAUACAAAUGAUUUAAACUCUACUUCAAGGCCUUCAAUAUUAAACAGCGCUGCGGGAUCAUCUCAUCCUCCAUCGCAUGCUAAUAUAGGGAAUGACCAGCAACUUACAGAGCAAGAAGCGUCUGCCUUAGAAGCGACAGGACAAACUAUUCCUGGGUUAGGUGAGCUUCCACCUGGUUGGGAGCAAAGGUUCACCCCUGAAGGCAGACCUUAUUACGUCGAUCAUAAUACUAGGACAACUACAUGGGUGGAUCCAAGAAGGCAACAAUUUGUCAAAAGCUUUGGAGCAAAUUCAGGUUAUAAUGCUCAAAGAUUAUCUGCAAUGGGGCCAUUACCAAGUGGUUGGGAAAUGAGACUUGCUAAUACAUCAAGAGUAUACUUUGUCGAUCAUAAUACCAAAACCACCACAUGGGAUGACCCUAGAUUACCUUCUUCGUUAGAUCAAAAUGUUCCACAAUAUAAGCGUGAUUUCAGAAGAAAGCUAGUUUAUUUUAGAUCUCAACCUGCUUUAAGAAUUUUGCCUGGCCAAUGCCAUAUCAAGAUUAGAAGAGAACGCUUAUUGGAAGACUCAUUUAGAGAAGUCAUGAGGCAAACACCGGAAGAUUUAAAAAAGAGGCUAAUGAUUAAAUUUGAAGGUGAAGAAGGUUUGGAUUAUGGUGGAGUUUCAAGAGAAUUCUUCCAGCAAUUAUCUCAUGAGGUUUUCAAUCCUGCAUACGGAUUAUUCAAAUAUGCAUCCAGUGAUAAUUACACUCUGCAAAUCAAUCCAAACUCUAAUAUCAACCCAGAGCAUUUGAAUUAUUUCAAAUUUGUCGGUAGGGUCGUUGGUUUGGCCGUCUUUCAUCGUAGGUUCUUAGAUGCUUUCUUUGUUGGUGCGAUGUACAAAAUGAUGUUAAGAAAGAAGAUUGUGUUGCAAGAUUUGGAGUCAGUGGAUUCGGAAAUGUACAAAUCGCUGUGCUGGAUGCUUGAGAACGACAUUACUGAUAUUUUGUAUGAAACCUUCAGUGUCGAAGAAGACAGAUUUGGCGAAACGGUUACCAUUGAUUUGAAGCCUAAUGGUAGAGAGGUCGAGGUAACGAAUGAAAACAAGAAUGAAUUUGUUGAGCUAAAGACUGAAUGGAUCAUUUCCAAACCUGUUGAGAACCAAUUCCGCUCGUUUAUGGAGGGGUUCAAUGAACUGAUCCCACAAGAGCUAGUUCAAGUUUUUGAUGAACGUGAAUUAGAAUUGUUGAUUGGUGGUUUAGCUGAAAUUGAUGUUGAAGACUGGAAGAAGCAUACUGAUUACAGAGGCUACCAGGAGUCUGAUGAAGUUAUCCAGUGGUUCUGGAAGGCUGUUACGGAAUGGGAAAGUGAACAACGUGCACGGUUGUUGCAAUUCACCACAGGUACAUCCAGAAUUCCGGUUAAUGGUUUCAAGGAUUUACAAGGUUCAGAUGGUCCAAGAAGGUUUACUAUUGAAAAGGCCGGGGAAAUCGACCAAUUGCCGAAAUCUCACACUUGCUUUAACAGAGUUGAUUUACCCCCAUAUAAGGAUUAUGAAUCUUUGAAGAAGAAAUUAACUAUUGCUGUUGAAAAUACUGUUGGUUUUGGACAAGAAUAA